CCCACACCGGUUAUCCUGCUGAAGGAGGGGACAGACACGUCUCAGGGCAUCCCCCAGCUCGUCAGCAACAUCAAUGCCUGCCAGGUGAUUGCUGAGGCUGUCCGGACCACCCUGGGACCCCGGGGGAUGGACAAGCUGAUGGUGGACAGCAGAGGGAAGGCGACCAUCUCUAACGACGGCGCCACCAUCCUGAAACUGCUGGACGUGGUCCACCCCGCAGCCAAGACUCUGGUGGACAUCGCUCGCUCCCAGGACGCCGAGGUCGGAGACGGCACCACGUCCGUCACCCUCCUGUCCGCAGAGUUCCUGAAGCAGCUGAAGCCGUACGUGGAGGAGGGGCUCCACCCUCAGACCAUCAUCAGAGCGUUCCGCACCGCCACCAACCUCGCCGUCAGCAAGAUCAAGGAAAUCGCCGUCUCCGUGAGGAAAGACGACAAACAAGAGCAGAGGCAGCUGCUGGAGAAGUGCGCCGCCACGGCUAUGAACUCCAAGCUGAUCGCCGGGCAGAAGGGUUUCUUCUCCAAGAUGGUGGUGGACGCCGUCAUGUCUCUGGACGAGCUGAUGUCUCUGAAGAUGAUCGGCAUCAAGAAGGUUCAGGGAGGAGCCCUCGAGGAUUCUCAGCUGAUCGCUGGGGUUGCCUUCAAGAAGACCUUCUCCUACGCCGGCUUCGAGAUGCAGCCCAAACGCUACGAGAACCCCAAGAUCGCCUUGCUGAAUGUGGAGCUGGAGCUGAAGGCAGAGAAGGACAACGCAGAAGUUCGUGUGAAAUCAGUGGAGGACUACCAGGCCAUCGUAGAUGCAGAAUGGAACAUCCUGUACGACAAGCUGGAGAAGAUCUAUCAGUCCGGAGCCAAAGUGGUUUUGUCCAAGUUGCCCAUUGGGGACGUGGCCACCCAGUACUUCGCCGACAGAGACCUGUUCUGUGCGGGCCGGGUGCAGGAGGAGGACCUGAAGAGGACAAUGAUGGCCUGUGGAGGCUCCAUCCAGACCUCUGUAGGAGCUCUGACUGAUGAUGUUCUGGGACAGUGUGAACUGUUCGAGGAGGUCCAGGUUGGAGGCGAGAGGUACAACUUCUUCAAGGGCUGCCCCAAGUCCAAGACGUGCACCAUCAUCCUGAGGGGCGGAGCCGAGCAGUUCACUGAAGAGACAGAGCGAUCGCUGCACGAUGCCAUCAUGAUCGUCCGCAGAGCCAUCAAGAACGACUCCAUCGUAGCAGGAGGCGGGGCCAUAGAGAUGGAGCUUUCUAAGUACCUGCGGGAUUACUCCAGGACCAUCCCUGGGAAGCAGCAGCUGCUGAUCGGAGCGUACGCCAAGGCCCUGGAGGUCAUCCCCCGACAGCUGUGUGACAACGCCGGCUUCGACGCCACCAACAUCCUCAACAAGCUGCGUGCCAAACACGCCCAGGGCGGCACCUGGUACGGCGUGGACAUCAACAGCGAGGACAUCGCCGACAACUUCGUGGCCUGCGUCUGGGAGCCGUCCAUCGUGAGGAUCAAUGCCCUGACGGCAGCGUCGGAGGCGGCCUGCCUCAUCCUGUCGGUGGACGAGACGAUCAAGAACCCCCGCAGCAGCGUGGACGGACCUCCGGGCGGCGCCGGCAGAGGGAGGGGCCGGGGGAGACCACACGCCCACUAAGACCCCUCGUUUUAAAACGGUAACACAAUCCAAACACAGGUAUCAAAGAAUUCACAUUUUUAUCUACGUUUGGAUUUACACUGUGCUUAAAACGAGGCGUCCUGACCAGCUGCACUCGCUGCAAACAGCUGGGAGGAAGGGGGCGGAGUUUAGCAGUUACAACCCAGAUUCUGUGGACUUUUGUUUGUUUUUUUCACUCGCAGUUUAGAAGCAUUUCAAGCCUCUCCCCUCCUGUCGUCACCUGAGUUAAACGUGGUGUAAAAGCAGCAGCUCCAGUCAGAAACCUCUUUAACGGGUUUUAUUUGGAGGCAAACUGCUGUUUCAUGUUGAAAAAGAAGCACUGAAAGGAUGUCGAGCAGUUCUGUGUGAAGUUAUUUAUUGGACCAAUCUCCUCAAUAAACUCACAGCUGAAAUCACAA